CUAGCUAGCAGGUUGUUGGGUUUAGGCUCACCGUCCGCCUCAGGUUCCUGCCCCCUCAGGUGUAUCUGAACAGGCGGGUGAAAGGGAAAGUGAAAGGCUCCGUCCAUCUGGCUCUUUCUGACUCCGGUCGCUGUUGGAUUCACAGACUAAACCAUGGCUAUGGCCUCUUUGUUUUUAAACGCGGAUGAUGCCUCUCCAGCCUCCCUGACAGACCUGUGCCUCACCUAUGUGAGCCAGAACCUGGAGUGUUUCUGCACCAAGCUGCCUGAUGGCUCCCUGUGCUUCAGGGAGGCUGUGAUCUUCCCUCAGGAGCUGGCAGAUCAGCUUCUGGCCAAGAUGGCCACUGAAGGUCUUCUGAAUGACAGCACAGUGGGGGUGUUUAGGAACUGCGAGUAUCUACGGUUGAGACGAGCCUGUAUCCGUACAGCCCGGAUCUCUGCCGAGGCCUUCCAGAAAGCUUUAUGCCCGCACAGGCUGCUGGAGCUGGACGCCACCAGGGUCAACGCGGACCUCACCAUCCCCGACAUUCUGCAUCGGCUGGCCACCAACAAAUACUGUCAGGAGUCUCUUCAGCGACUAGUCUUAACCGGACUCACCAUGUGCUCACUGGUGGAGCAAAGUCGCUAUCGCUUCAGCACCCUGCUGGGUCUGCGCUCACUCUCUCUAGCUAACGUGGACUUCUACGACUCCGGGCUGGUGGACGUUUGCUCCCUGCCUCGGCUGGAGAGCCUGGAUCUGUCCAAUACCUCCGUCACCAACCUCAGCCCGCUGCUGGGCCUGAAGGAGCGGCUCCGCUCGCUGACACUACACCAGCUGAAGAGGCUGGAGAUGAGCACAGCUCAGCUGCUGGGAGUCAUCGGCCAACUGAAUGUACUGCAGCACCUGGACAUAAGCGACGAUAAGCAGUUUACCUCCGACGUGGCCCGUCAGCUGCUGGCACAGCGCGGGAUCCUCCCAGCUCUCGUUUCCCUGGAUGUGUCUGGGAGGAAGCAGGUGACGGAUGCGGCAGUCAGGGCGUUUGUUGAAGAGAGACCAGGGAUGACCUUUGUCGGCCUUUUGGCCACGGAUGCCGGCUUUUCCGACUUCCUCUCCGGAGAAGGAAACCUUAAGGUAACAGGAGAAGCUAACGAGACUCAGAUCUGUGAGGCGUUGCGUCGCUACAGCGAGAGGGAGGGCUUCGUCAGAGAAGCUCUGUUUCAUCUGUUCAGCCUAACUCAUGUCAUGGAGAAACCAAGGCCUGACAUUCUAAAGCUCGUAGUUUUAGGCAUGAAGAACCAUCAAGCCACUCUAAACGUCCAGCUGGCUGCCAGCGCGUGUGUCUUCAACUUGACAAAGCAGGACCUGGCAGCAGGAAUGCCGGUCCGGCUGUUGAGCACCAUCACCCAGCUCCUCCUGGAGGCCAUGAGGGCGUUCCCAAACCACCAGCAGUUGCAGAAAAACUGCCUGCUGUCUCUGUGCAGCGAUCGCAUUUUACAGGAGGUACCAUUCAACAGGUUUGAAGCAGCCAAACUGGUGAUGCAGUGGCUCUGCAACCAUGAAGAUCAAAACAUGCAGAGGAUGGCGGUGGCUAUCAUCUCCAUACUGGCUGCUAAGUUGUCCACAGAACAGACGGCCCAGCUGGGAGCAGAACUGUUCAUCGUCAAGCAACUGCUGCACAUUGUGCGUCAGAAGGCAAACCAGAACGUGGUGGAUGCAACCCUGAAGUUUACACUGAGCGCUCUCUGGAACCUAACCGAUGAAUCGCCUACAACGUGUCGCCAUUUUAUCGAGAACCAAGGCUUGGAUCUGUUCAUUAAAGUGCUGGAGUCUUUCCCAAAUGAAUCCUCCAUCCAGCAGAAGGUUCUUGGUCUCUUGAACAACAUAGCCGAGGUCAGGGAGCUGCAUGCGGAGCUGAUGGUGCAGAGCUUCCUGGACCACAUCAGCGCUCUGCUGCACAGCCCCGAGGUAGAGGUCAGCUACUUCGCCGCAGGGAUCCUCGCACACCUGACAUCACGAGGAGAGGAGGCCUGGGUGCUGAGCCCGGGUCUGCGGUGCACGCUGCUCGAGCAGCUGCAUGCUGUCAUUAUGAAGUGGCCCACGCCCGAGUGUGAAAUGGUGGCCUACAGGUCCUUUAACCCGUUUUUCCCCCUGCUGGAGUGUUUCCACACACCGGGAGUCCAGCUGUGGGCAGCCUGGGCCAUGCAACACGUGUGCAGCAAAAACGCUUCUCGUUAUUGCAGCAUGCUGCUGGAGGAGGGGGGCCUGGACCAGCUGGAGCUCGUUCACACGCACCCACAGACCCACAGGGACGUCAAACUGCUGGCCGAGAGCAUCCUGGACAGCCUGCAGCGCCACAGACCCCGCACAGGCCAGCCUGCACACACAGGGCGACGUCUGGCCCCCCAGUGACAUCACUAAGGCGACGGUGUUCCCUGAUGAGGAAGAGGACGUGAAAUGCGG